AUGUGUCCCGAGGCUGAAGCCGAGGAGCUGCUUCAGCCUCAGGACAUCUAUCUAGUACUUCCUGCCACAAGCUUGCGCCUGCGUCUGUCACGCAAGGUGACAAUGUCCAUCCCAGGACCUCAGGGAGCGAACAGACCCGGGGAUCUAGAGUUGGCGGAGUCCGCCUCGAACAACUUGAAUCCGGAGCGCCUCAGGAGCCGAGGGGAUGACGACAGCUCUAACAUGGCUCUGCCGGGGGUCCACGUCCACCCGUACGUCUCCCAUCCCAGAAUGUCCAUGCGCAUGUCGGUGUACAGCGCCACCCAACGCCGCGUCUUCACCUACAACAACAUCCAGGGAAAGAUCUACAACUUCCUGGAGCGGCCGACCGGAUGGAAGUGCUUCUUGUAUCACUUCAGCGUAUUCUUGGUGGUGUUGGGAUGUCUGGUCCUCAGCGUUCUCUCCACGAUGCCUCGGUACGAGAUUCUAGCCCACCAGGCCCUCUUCUGGGUGGAAAUCGUGCUGGUGGUGUUCUUUGGCCUAGAGUAUGCGAUCAGGCUCUGGGCUGCAGGUUGCCGCAGCAAAUUCGUGGGGAUAACGGGCCGACUGCGCUUUGCACGAAAACUCAUCUCUCUAAUAGAUUUGAUCGUGGUGGUGGCCUCCCUCGUGGUGCUGGUUGCAGGUUCCAAAGGCCAGGUCUUUGCCACGUCAGCCAUCAGAGGAAUCCGGUUUCUACAGAUCUUGCGUAUGCUGCAUGUGGACCGGCAGGGGGGGACCUGGCGUCUGCUGGGCUCUGUGGUCUACUUACACAGACAGCUACGCCGCGGCCCAAAACGCAAGUGCGCGACCAAACGCAAGUGCGCGACCGAACGCAAGUGCGCGACCGAACGCAAGUGCGCGACCGAACGCAAGUGCGCGACCGAACGCAAGUGCGCGACCGAACGCAAGUGCGCGACCGAACGCAAGUGCGCGACCGAACGCAAGUGCGCGACAAACGCAAGUGCGCGACCGAACGCAAGUGCGCGACCGAACGCAAGUGCGAGACAAACGCAAGUGCGAGACAAACGCAAGUGCGAGACAAACGCAAGUGCGAGACAAACGCAAGUGCGAGACAAACGCAAGUGCGAGACAAACGCAAGUGCGAGACAAACGCAAGUGCGAGACAAACGCAAGUGCGAGACAAACGCAAGUGCGAGACAAACGCAAGUGCGAGACAAACGCAAGUGCGAGACAAAACGCAAGUGCGAGACAAAACGCAAGUGCGAGACAAACGCAAGUGCGAGACAAACGCAAGUGCGAGACAAACGCAAGUGCGAGACAAAACGCAAGUGCGAGACAAAACGCAAGUGCGAGACAAAACGCAAGUGCGAGACAAAACGCAAGUGCGAGACAAAACGCAAGUGCGAGACAAAACGCAAGUGCGAGACAAAACGCAAGUGCGAGACAAAACGCAAGUGCGAGACCAAACGCAAGUGCGAGACCAAACGCAAGUGCGAGACCAAACGCAAGUGCGAGACCAAACGCAAGUGCGAGACCAAACGCAGGUGCAUCUCACGCUGCGUCUACCUCUGCGGAUUAACGCCGCGCCCUAAUACUGCUGCUGGCGCCACUGCUAACCCUACGUGCGCCAACGCCACUAACCCCAACGCUCUCCGCUGA